AUGGCUCUCGCUAAAUUUAUUGUUACUCUUGCGACCCUCAACUUCGCAGCCACACAAGAUUUCUUUCCAAACGUAGAGAGUCCUCUGGGAGGGUUGAAACUGACUGCGGAACGCGGAGGCCCACCCCCUGGGGCGGAGUAUGUACCCAUCAGUGUGAUAGAACUCCCUGACGAAGCAUUGGCACGGAGACCUGGAGGAACCCGACCAGUCCUAGGCCGUCCGCCGCCUCCGCCUCCCUUACGGCCUAAACCUACCCGGCGUCCGAGACCUAGACCACCAGUAGCUCCGCAGCCUCUGCCCAUCCCUCUACCCUCCAGUCAGAGUAUCCCCCAGAGGCCGCAGACUGGGAGUCUACCUAACAGACCCCCUGGAGUUAUCGUGGUCACCCCUAUGACGGAGAUCCGCCCAGACCUGGAGACCGUGGUCACGACUACACCUCAACCACCAACCACAACCCCUAAUACACUGGAUACGCAGCCGUCCUACUACCAGAGGUUUAUACAGAACGAGGAUGGCAGUUAUUAUUUUGACUACGCGGCUCCCAACAGCGUGCAGAGAUUGGAACAAGGUUUCUUCAAGCGAGACGACUUCCAAGGGUUCAAGAUCCUGGUGAAGUCAGGCGCUUACUCCUUCAUCAGUCCUGAAGGGAUCCGCUUCAGGACCGACUACGUGGCGGACGAGAAGGGAUACAGACCGUUUACCGAUUACCCGAGGGGAAAUGAACGAUUCUUUUUGAAAGGAGCCGAUUCUCUUUGA